CCUCCUACACACACCUGUGCGGUUAUCAUUUGUACACGUGUACAUUCGUAGAGGGCAAAGCUUUGGGAACUUUCACCGUACCACCAAGCCCAAAGGAUUUACCAUUUUGUCGUAGAAAGCCAGUUUAUAAGCCACAUUCUCGGAAGCUCUUGUCGAGAUGGCACAUCUUGCAUCUUUCGCGAUUUCCUUGAUCAUAAUAGUGUUGAUUUUUGGAAUGGGACAGUGCAGGAAUGUUGGCAAACUGGAAUGGGAAUCAUCAAAGGGAUAUCUUCUAUAUUGCCCGUGUUCAGGUCGUUUUACGGGCCAAGUGGAACAGUUGAUGAGUGCUCUGCAGUUUUCAAAGGCUCUUGGUCGCGUUCUUAUCGCACCGUCUUUUAUCAAUUAUCCGUGUGGUCGCAAGGAUAAACACAAUCACUUUGGAGUUCAAGCACCUGUUCACAUCGACAGAAAUGCGUACGUCCAAAUUGAUGAAUAUUUCGAGUUGGACGAGAUUAAGAAGUUCUACCCUGAUGUCAUCACCAUGGAGGAUUUCAUGACGGAGUUGGCACCGCUCUAUUGGAAGCAAGGAAAUCGCAUUGCGUAUUGUUCUAAUGGAUUGGCUGACAUAAAUAACGGAAAAUGCACAAGAGAUGGUAAUCCAUUCCGCACUUUCUGGGAGGAUCAAGGGAUUGAGUUUGACGACUCAGCUGUCUGGACGAAUUUGUAUUUCAAUGUGGAGCAUACUGGCAUUGCUAAACAAUGGAAAGAGGCAUUUCCUGCUUCAGAGCAUCCUGUGUUGGCGCUGGUGACUGCACCUGUUAUUAGCCCUAUCUCGACAGCUGUGGAAGGUCUGCAACAUUACUUGAAAUUCAAGAGUAUGAUCAGGGAACCUGCUGAUGAGUUCAUCGAAAACAAUCUUCCGAAACCAUUUUGGGGACUUCAUCUCAGAAACGGAGCUGACUGGAGCCGCACCUGCGAUCUUCUUAGCACUGGCGAUUACCCCCAUCUUCUUAGCUCCCGGCAGUGCACCAGCAAACAAGGAGACUCGGUUACCAGGGAGAUGUGUCUGCAAUCGGAGGAGCAGGUCAUCACUGAUAUCCGCUAUCAGCUAGAACUGGCUCAGGAGAACAACAGGGAACUGCCGAAGAGUAUCUACGUGGCUACUGAUCACGUGGCCAUGGAGGAAGAACUGCAGACUGCAUUCCCGGAUAUCAAAAUUGUAACCUGGGGUCCGGAUCUUGACCAGAAAGACCUGUUUGUCUUGACCCAGGCUGAUGACGUCAUUCUCAACUGUGUGUCGGCAUUUAGCGCCUUCGUUAAGCGAGAUCGUGACGUCAACGAGAAAUUGGUAGCCUUUUUUGGCUAUCUUGACCCUGAGAAAGUUCUUCCCAAAGUCACAAGGUCUCCACCCCAUGAAGAACUGUGAAAACAGAGUCAUUCCGCCGCCACUGUCGCCGGUUCAUUAUUGCUAAAGCAACACAUGUCGGCUCGUUUCAGGAUGGAAUAGCAACUAUAAGUUAGCAGCAAACCAAUGGCACAAUGGUCGACAAUUUUUCAUACAUUACCGUGUUAACUUUAUAGACAACUACGUGCCAUUUUUCUGUUUUUAAUUUUUGAUACUUUAAAGUGCAAAAGUUAACUUUUUUGUAUGAAUAUUUUUGUAAGGUUAAGGUCACACAAUCUCUUCUUUUUAUGGACCCAGGCGUACCAUGUCCCACUUUGCUGUCAAGAGUCGAUAAACUAAAACAAAAUACGCUGUAGAGUCUGAACUUCAUAAAAACGAAAAUGUAAAUACAUGUACAACCAUGCAUAGUUUGGUUCUUGAUAUGAAAGCGAUGUGCGCUGUCUCACUGAAAACGCGGAUAAGCUCAUCAAAAACCAGACCGAGAGUACUCGAUGACAGAUGUUCAUUGUAGGGAUCCGGAAGGUAGCCAAAAAUUGUUUUAGUAAGAGACAAACAGCAAAUCGAAACAGAGGUCAAAGAAAUUUAUUCAGGCGAUAUCCUGUCCCGCUCCAGCCAAUGUCUUUCGAUCCUAAGCAACUUUGGUGUCAGACGCAUAGAUACACAUGAAUUGGAUUGACAAAAUAUGCAGAGCGCCGCCAAAGUCGUUUGUGACAGUAUCUAACAAAAGGAACACUGACUAUUUCUACGCAGUCCUUUGAAAUUUAGAGUUUUUUUAAAGGAUUGCAGGGUUUAGGUGACCUCGUGGAAGAAGUGCUCCCGUCCAAAAUCGGUAAUAAAUAGUUCCACUUAUUUACAGUAACACAAGUUUAACACAAAUUCUGAAGUCGGACCAAUUUUGAGAUCUCCUUUUGUCCAUAUAUUCAUUAAAGUACUGUAACAAUAAAGUACUGUUUGUAAUAAAAGUGAGGAAAAUAGUUCCAACA